AUGGUGGGAUUAGAAUCUCUGACAUUGGAGAUUCCCUUCGUUUGCAAGUCUUGGUACAAAGCCUCCCUCAAUCCUCAAUGUUGGAAAAUACUUCGUUUCCCUCCUUCACUCUGCGAGGACGAGGACUCAUGGUGGUACGAUGAUGGUUUUAUCGGAAGAUUCAUGGACGAGUACCGAAUCCAGAAUUUUUCUGUCACAGGCUUUGUUAAACUUGUUGUUAGAAGAAGUCAUAACUCUGCUGUCGCAGUUAUUCUUCCUACUGAUUGCACUUCAGAGGUUUUGGAGCUUAUAUCAAACCAGUGUCCUUCAUUGAAAUACUUAGGGUUCCCUUACGAUCUCUUAUCAGUUCAUCAUGGGAAACUUAUCCAAGAACUCAUAAAAAUUUCUAAUUUUGUUGGCGAUAAAGAAGCAUCAGCUAUUGCAAAUAUACUUCCAAACAUCAAGUAUUUGAGGCUGAAGGAGACUUCACUACCUCGUGAGAGUCUGAAGAUAAUAUUGCAAGGAUGCAGAGAGCUGGUGCUACUUGAUGCAAGGAAUUGUAUUGGUUUUGAAGCUGAAGAUGAUGAGAUAUUAAAGAUGGCUUCUCACAUCAAGACCUUUAUGUUUCAGGGUUCAACCUUAGGAGAUCGAUGA